AUGAUGAUGCAGAAGCAGAAUUCAAGAGCACCAUUACGUCGGAUACAGUCUGGCUCAGUAUUAGAUCAAAAAGAUAAGGUCUUAUGGCCAAGAAGGCAGACAAAUCCUUCUUUGAACAGUAAGUGUUUUCUCUAAUUUUAAUAAAAUUUUAGGAUAAAUACGGUGCUUAUGGAUUGAUAAAAUACGAAACUUUAACCUUCAAAAUUUAAUUAAAGAAGAUCAAUAAAAUUAUUAUAGUGUAGUAUAAGACAGGUCUAAAGUAAACAUAAAUAUAGACCCACUAAACCCGGGCCCGAAGCACUCGUGAACGGAGCUAUAAAAUUAGGCACGGCCGAAAUGUUUAAAAAAAUUGCAUUGCUAGCUUCUGCGUUGACUUUAUCCAUAGAAUUUUCAUUUUUGUUUCAAAUUAAAUUAAACAUAAGAGUUAUAAAUAAUAACAAAACUUUUAGUUACCCGAACCCCUAUAGUUGAAAGGUCAGAAGAAACAAAUGGAAAUGAAAGCAGUUUUUGGAAGAUACGACGAAAACCAAGAAACAAAAUGCUAUUAGUAAGUAUUUUUAUAAUAUUAAAUAACUAAAAUGGCAGUUGAAAAUUAAUUUUUUUUGUUUUUAAAACAAAAAGAAUGGAAUUUGUAUUUUAUCAUGAAUUUCAGUGUGGAUACCUCAAAAACCAAUCAGCAUACACUCGUCGACAACCAACCGAAGACGAAUGUAAAUUCAUCGAACAGCGAGUAAUCUCUCAGAUACGACAAGAUGAAGAGUAUAGUGAGGUUGAUGAUGCUGCCACAAACUCAACUACAACAACAACCUUGUCGUCAAGUUCAAAUGGCAGUCGGAAAUACAAUCCGAAAAUAAUGGAUAUUGAAGUAGAGAAGCCGGUGCGGGCAGCGCCUAUUAAAAAGAACUUUCUACAUGGUGUACUUGAUUACAAUAAGAAGUUGGCUGAGGUUAGACUUUUUUUAAAAUUUUUUUUGAAAAAAUUUUUUUUGGGAGUUGCAAAAACAUUCUUUCCAAAAAAAAUUUUAUUAUUAAGUUGUUCAAAUAAUACUCAGCUCCUUCUAAAAACAAAAUAUUGGAGUUAGGGAGCACAGAAUUAUUUGAAGAAUCUAAUAUUUAAAAAAAAAUUUUUUUAAUUUUAAAUUGCAUGAACUUUCUUUCCACAAAAUUAUGGUAAACUGCAAGAACUUUCUUUACAAAACUAUUUUUGCUAAUCCGCAGUAACUUUCUUUCCAACAAAAUGUUUUAUAAACGCGGGAACUUUCUUUACAAAUAAGAAUCUUUAAUACUUCAAAAAAAAAUUAAAACCGCAAGUACUUUCUUUCCAAAACAUAAAAAUUUAAUUUUAAAAUCAUAUCUUUCAGAUACGAUCAUUUAAAACGGCAGAUGUGAACAAUAACAAUGUGAAACCUCUUCAAAAACAAAAAAGUUCAAUAGCCAUGCCAAUUGAAGCUCCUAUAGUACAACAUAUCUCCAGAAGAGAGUUUUUGGACGACUGGUAUGUUUUUUUAAAAAUUUUGAAAAAUUUGAGUUUUUGGAGGUCAAAAAGUGUAUAGAAAACAUUUUUCCAAUCACCAUUUUUAGUGGGAGUCUCGGAACUCCGCCCCUAAUAACCCGUCGCGCCUUUACCCCAUCCAGUCGCUCAAGCAUGCAUGGAUCCAAAGAGACCCUUACCUCCGACCGGUCGUUCAUAGUACAACAUAACACGUUUCGAGUCGCAUGGGAGAAGGACAUUUACCACGAAAGGAUACGAGAACAACGUUGUCGAAAAGGAGAUAGCAUUGAAAGUGGAGAUGGAUCAGAGAAUGAAGAUGAUUUCGAGAUUGAAGCCAGGAAAUCCCAGCAUAAGAUCGUGCUGAAACAGAGAGCGGCCGAGCGGACGAAGCAGUGGAGUGCAGAGUUGGAGAAGAUUGUUAGUUUGGACUAG